AUGGAAGCUUGCCACUCUCUAGAACAAUUCAAUAUCACUUCAUAUGAUGCCACAUCUGUGACCAUCAUCACCUUUGAGGCAUUUGCUGGCAUGUGGAUAAAUGCUUUCAUUGUUUCUGUGAUUUGCAUGUCUUGGGUCAGAAAGAAAACCUUGAACUCUAAUGAGAAGAUCUUGCUGUUACUGGGAUGCUCCAGAAUUUGGUAUUUGUGCAUUGCAUGGGUAUACUUCUUUCUCUCAGUCAUUUAUCCCCAUUCCCUUUAUGUUCACCCCACACUCCAACUAUUUAUAUCUAUUCGGAGCUUUUUCAAUCAUUCCGGUCUGUGGUUUUCAGCCUGUCUUUGUGUCUUUUAUUGUAUAAAAAUUGCCAAUUUCCAGAACAGCUUCUUUAUCUACCUGAAAGUAAAAAUUGACAGGAUUGUGCCCUUGCUCUUGUUGGGGUCAGUGCUUUUCUCCCUGGUUAUUGGCAUCAUUGCCUAUGAGAUCGCUGAUCAACCACACUGCAACAACCGCAAUUCCACUGGACGAGGUAGUUUUUGGAAAGCGAAUAUCAAAAUGGAUAAACAUUUUUUCCCUUCUUUUUUUAUCACUGGCCUCGGAUAUGCUGUUUCAUUCACGGCAGUCACCUCUUCUGCCCUUCUGCUUCUCUUUUCCCUCUGGAAACACAAACGCAACAUGCAGACAAACUCCAUGAAGGACCUCAGCAUGGAUGCCCACAUCAAAGCCAUGAAAUCUAUUCUCUCCUUUUUACUAAUGUACAGCAUCAACUUUGCAUAUUUGAUCUUGAAACUGGUUUAUGCCACGAAGAAGGAAAGUCCUGUGAUGUUUCUCAUUUUAGUAUUUCAAUACGCUUUUCCGGGUGUUCAUUCUCUUGUUCUGAUCUUUGGCAAUCCCAACCUGGAAAAGACACUGCUAAAGAUUCUGCCCCAGGUGAAGUUCAAAGUUUGCAUGAGGUAG